CAUCCAGAUGAUGGAACGACACCGUUUGGGUGCCCAAGUCAUGGCCAACGUGAGAGAAUCCAUCUGAUCUAGUUCUCCCAAGCAUGGCGACGUCGGUCGUCGGAAUCAUGCUCACUCACACCAAAUCGACUCCAUCAUGUCCGCCGCGAGAAAACAUAAUCCCUCUUUCGAAUCUGAAAACUUCGACCAAAACAACGAAAACCCAGAAACGGAGAAACCCCUCCGGUGAUAUUCACGGCGACGGCGGCUCCGAUAAUUCUCUAGGGUUUAGGGCUUCGUUGCCGUUCCAUGUGAAAUCCAUCACCAGCACUUCAAACCCUUUUAUCAAGCACUGCUUGAAGCUCCGACAGAGCUCCUCCUACCGCCAUGCCCAUGGCUCUGUUCUUGUCGUUGGAGCUACCCCCAUAAGGGAAGUAAGCAUGUUCCAAGGGAAUUUACAAGAAAGUACCACAGAAAUGGAUUGUCUAUUUCUGCAAGAGGAAGCUCGGAUUCCACAAGGGUUACAGGGUUUACAUCUCCAAGUUGUUCGUGUAAGUCCUUUGGUGUUGAAAAAACUCUCAGGAAUGCAGUCUACUGAAUCUGUUGAAGCCAUUGCCUUAAUGAGAAUUCCUAGAAGCUUCAUAGAUCUUCAAGAUGACAGCAACAAGACAGAAGACUGCACAAAGUGGUUCCCGUCUGCUCAUCGGAUCCUGGUUCUGGACAGCGUACAGGAUCCGGGCAACCUUGGCACGUUACUAAGAUCUGCUAUGGCCUUUAAUUGGGAUGGUGCCUUUCUGCUUCCAGGCUGUUGCGAUCCAUUCAAUGACAAAGCCCUCCGAGCAAGCCGAGGAGCUUCAUUUCAGCUCCCCAUAGUUUCCGGCACCUGGUCUCAUCUUCAGCUUCUACAACACCAUUUCCAGAUGAAGCUAUUAGCUGCAAACCCUGCAAUCCCUGAGAAACCGAAACCCAUUUCCACACUGUCCCAAGAAUUUGCGCAGUUUUUGUCGGAGAAGCCAUUGUGUUUGGUUUUAGGCAGUGAAGGGCAAGGUCUGUCUGAGCAGUCAAGGCGGAUAUGUGAGCUCGUGAGCAUUCCAAUGGCGGGCAGAUUCGAAUCUCUCAAUGUAUCUGUUGCUGGUGGCAUUUUUUUGUACAUGCUUCAACCUUACCCCAGUUUUUGAAUGCCAAAACUGAACUGAUGUGGAUUAGACUUUUUUCUAAUCAAAGGUGUGAGCUUGACCCUGAUAAAUUCUAUGAUACUGAUACACUUUAAAACAAUCAAGAAGAAUAUUGAAUA